AUGCGUAUUGAACGAAAGUAAGCUCUCGCCUUUUGGCCGUUUGAAAUGGAUUGAGACUCACAAUACUUCUAUAGCAAACAGACUAUACACCCAGAUUCCAGUCAACGUCCGCGAAGCAACUAAGACCACUUUCAUCCCUCGAGGAGGAGGUCAAGAUGGAAAAUCACCAGUUCUCAUCAGAAAAGGACUUGGAAUUGGAUUUUCUCCCUACCAUAUGCAUCGUUUUAAGGUAUUAUAUGGUGAAGAUGCUGAUGAAUUUCGACCGGAGAGAUGGGAAGGCCCAGAGCUAAAGAACAUCGGAUAUGGCUUCAUGUCUUUUCACGGCGGUCCGAGAAUAUGUCUUGGUAGUGAGUUUGGCCCAAGAGAGACAUUUCGAUAA